CGUUAAAACAAACAGUGGUUGAGAUGAACGAACUGGUCAGAACACGUCUUGGUGGUCUCUCACUGUUCCUACAGGUUUGAGCAAUGCUUUAUGCAGUAGCCACGCUGUGCACACCGUGUUAAAUGCUUAAAGACUCAUCAGGAGAAGCGGACAGGCUGAUAUUACUCGUCACAAUGGUCCCUUUAAGGCAAUCUGCGCUGCACCGUGUUAAUAACUCUCGCUUCCCUUUAUGUUUAAAUCUUGCCUGUGCGACAUCUAAUGCCAUUUGGAUCCUGGCAUCUGUUUCCUCUCCACCUCAUUGUUUUUCUUCCCCCCCAAAAGCCUCUCUCUCUCCUCUCUGCUUCACCCUCCCUCCCUUUCCAUCUCACUCCUUUGGUCAUAUGACCAGCGAACAGGCCGACUGACUGUAAGGUGAGAGGUGAGGGGGCAGAUUGGACCGUGCAGUAACCUCUUUGUGCUGGGCUUAGUGGAACGCAGCACGUGGUGGGGCAGGAAAAAAUGGCCGCCGGUCGCCCAAUAAGCAUCUCCACAGACAGGGGAUGAAGAAAUCCCUGCCAGGAUAUAUCGGAUAGUGCCCUUUUCCCCCCUUUGGACAACAUAUAUGACUCUCUUAAAUGUCAAGAUGGAUCACUUCCAAAGCCCGUAAGCCUGUUAAAUGUGGACGAGCAGUGAUUUAAUGAUCGUGGUCUGACUUUUGCUUUUGGGUUCCGGAUUCCAAAGCUGCCAGUCAUGUUGGAGCCUGGAUCGGUGCACGAGGGAGUGUUAUGUCGUUCAUCAUUGUUUGCCUACCAGCCGGAUUUGUGCAGAGAAACACACGGGCCGAAUGUUUUUUAUGUGGCAACUGGCUUCUCCUGCGGACUACCUGCUGUGCCUGCUGAUUGUGGCCAGGAUCACCAGUCAUGGAUAGUACCAUUAAGCUGUUCACAUCCCUGAUUUCUUGGGAAAUGUGUCGUCGCUGAAUAGAAUUGUUUUGUGUUAAACCUGAGGCAAAAUGAAGGAAUUGAGGACAUCUCAACAGAGACUUUACAAAGACAAAGGAAUUUCAUCUGUUGAAAGUCUGAGCCCAGCGGGUUAAGAACUAGAAACUGUGAGAAUAAACAAGUACUGAAAAAAAAAAAAAAGUUCCAUCUUGCAGAAUGCAUUGUCCAAGGAAGAAGCGUCCCACGCGCGACUUCUCGGCCAUCGCCGUUCCCUCCAUGCAGGGCUCCGGCUGUCUUGACUACACAAUCGGGAGCCAUUCUUCCAAAUCCCUCCAGGCCAUGGAGGAAUUCAGACAGCAGGAGAUGUUGUGUGACCUGGUGCUGCAUGUCACAUACAAGGAGAGGACGGUGGACUUCAAGGUGCACAGGCUGGUGCUGGCAUCGUGUAGCCCGUACUUCAGAGCCAUGUUCACCAGCAGCUUCAAGGAGCGUCACGCCUCGGAGGUGACCCUGCGCGAUGUCUGCCCUCAGGUGGUGGGAAGGCUCAUUGACUUUGCCUACACCUCCCACAUCACCGUGGGAAAGAACUGUGUGCUGCACGUUCUCCUCGCUGCCAUGAGGUACCAGAUGGACGACGUGGCAAAAGCAUGCUGCGAUUUCCUCACUAAGCACCUGGAGCCUUCCAAUGUCAUCGGCAUCGCCCGCUUCGCUGAGGAGAUAAGCUGCAAGGAGCUGCACCAGCGGAGUCGGGAGUAUAUCAACACACACUUCAACGAGGUGAUCAAAGAAGAGGAGUUCUUCAGCCUCUCUCACUGCCAGCUGCUGGAGCUCAUCAGUCAGGACAGUCUCAAAGUGCUCUGUGAGUCUGAGGUGUAUAAGGCCUGUACAGACUGGGUCGGCUCGGAUAUGGAGGGCCGAGCCCAGUACCUGCAUGCCCUGCUGAACGCAGUUCAUAUCUACGCCCUGCCUCCCAAGUUCCUAAAGAACCAGCUGCUGUCCUGCCCCAUCCUCAGCAAGGCCAAUUCGUGUAAGGACUUCCUGUCUAAAAUCUUCCAGGAUAUGACUUUAAGGAAGCUGCCUCCUGCACCUAACCGCGGAACGCAGCUCAUCUACGUCGCCGGCGGGUAUCAGGAGCAUUCACUGGACUCCAUGGAGGCCUAUGAUCCCAGGAGGAAUGUGUGGCUGAAGCUGUCCAGCAUGGGGUCUGCAUGUAGUGGUUUGGGAGCUUGUGCACUGUUUGGACUCCUCUACACUGUUGGCGGCAGGAACAUGUCUCGUCAAAACAACACCGAGUCGAGCGCCCUGUGCUGCUACAACCCGAUGACCAACCAGUGGAGCCAGAGAGCGUCCCUCAGCAUCCCGAGGAACAGGGUCGGGGUGGCCGUGGUGGACGCCUGCAUCUACGCUGUGGGAGGCUCGCAGGGAUCCACACAUCAUAACACGGUGGAGAGGUGGGAUCCAGAGUCUAAUCGCUGGUCCUUUGUUUGCCCGAUGUCGGUGGCCCGGCUGGGUGCUGGAGUGGCGCCGUGUUCGGGGGUUCUGUACGUGGUUGGUGGGUACGAUGGGCAGAGCCGCUGGGACACUGCUGAGAAAUACCAGCCUGACAGUAACACCUGGCAGCAGCUGGCUCCCAUGAGCACCAUACGCAGUGGACUGGGCUUGGUGUGUUUAAACUCACACCUGUACGCAAUAGGAGGUUAUGAUGGGCGGAACCAGUUGUGUUCUGUGGAGUGUUACAACAUAACCAGGAACCAAUGGGAGCCCAGGGCCGCUAUGCACAACUGCCGCAGUGCACACGGGGUCGCAGUGCACCAGGGACGCAUCUUUGUCUUCGGAGGCUUCAACCAGCACGGCUUCCUGCGAAGCAUCGAGUGUUACUGUCCCGAAAGAAACGAGUGGACGCGCGUCGGCGACAUGCCCGUCGGGCGCAGCGGCAUGGGCGUCGCCGUUACCAUGGAGCCCUGUCCCGGCAGCCUGCCCGAACAUCAGGAGGACGAGGACGAAGACGAAGCUACAUGACGACGAGGAACCAAAUUGGUUUUAAGUUUUAAGUGUUGAGUACAAGUGGUGCUGCUUUUCAAGAGAGGGUUAAGUUGAAAACCAUCCCAUGCGGACCUCCUCAUACCGCCCCCCUCUCAUGGAUCGCGUUCCGUUGCCCUGUCGAGUACCACAGACAUGUUCUGAAGGGAAGAGGAAGAAGAUCUCUGCAUCUCUAGGGGGGGGGGACGAGUGAUUUGGAAAAACGGGUAGCAUAACAGUGACCUCGGAAUGAGUUGACCCAUUCACACAAUGGGACCAUUUGAUUAAGUAUUGUUAUUCCUCAGCUUUUUUUUUAAAUCUCUUAGUGGGACAUUUUAUUUGUAACUUGUGAAUGACUUUCACAAUAUUAUUAUUUCACAAUAAUAUUUUAAUUCCUCUGUUAAAUCACUACCUCUGUGUCUGUUUGAAUGAGCACCUUUCUUAUGUGUUUCCUUUAUUUUGUGCCAAUAUCGUCUCACCCAAACUGCCAGUUUGUGUGAAUUCACCAUAUUUUAUUUUGUGUAAAUAAAAUGGAUCCAAUAUGUUUCUGAACCCAACUUUCAAUUUACUUUUU